CUGUAUCUGUGGCGCGUCAUUGUUGUGCUGCUACUGCCGCUGCUGCUGCUACCGCCUCUGCCGAUACAGCUCCAUAGCCUCCAUAGCUUCUAUAGCUUCUGUGCCGUUCCCGUCGCCUAGUGGGCAGCUCAGUUACAAGACCAUUAUUUGACGUAUUUUUUGCGCGCUCGGUUGGUCGUUUGGUUGGUCGCUCUCUCGGUCGUCGGAUCGGUUAUAUCCAUAGCCAACAGCCAAAGCCCCCCUUUUUUCGCUUCGAUGUGGAGCAGCAGUUGCGCUCCGUUCGUGGACCGGGCACGGGUAUCGCAUUCAUGAGCUGGCUCAUUGGCAAUCAUUUGGAUUCGUACGCCAGUCGAACCGGUGGCCACCUCACUCAUCCAGAUGGUAGAUGCAUCGAUCGCGCGUGCAAAGUGCUAACCCUAACCUGAUCUAAGCCGUAAACCCUAUCCAAUCGGAUCGAUAAACCCCUCAGUGCUAGUGCAGACAAACACAGAAACAUAGCCAAGGAAUUGAAUUAGUGACUAAACCAGUGUAGUGCCCAGCAAGAUUGCUUCGUUCCGGUGGAGAGUAGUAUGCCAAUUUGUUCACAGUGGAUUCAACGAAUAAAAUGGCCGUUGGACCGACGGAGGGCAAACAGCCGCCCUCAGAGAGCUUCUCGCCCACGCACCACCAGAUUAUAGCACCCAGCCCCAUCCUGGCCGUCCCAACGCUGGCCUUCUCCGCCGCCCAGGUGGAGAUCGUGUGCAAGACGCUCGAGGACUCCGGCGACAUCGAGCGGUUGGCCCGCUUCCUGUGGAGCCUGCCGGUGGCCCUGCCCAACAUGCACGAGAUCCUCAACUGCGAGGCGGUGCUCCGGGCCCGCGCAGUGGUCGCCUACCAUGUGGGCAACUUCAGGGAACUUUAUGCAAUAAUAGAGAAUCAUAAGUUUACUAAAGCGUCCUACGGCAAGCUGCAGGCCAUGUGGCUGGAGGCCCACUACAUUGAGGCCGAGAAGCUGCGCGGUCGAUCCCUGGGACCCGUGGACAAGUAUCGGGUGCGAAAGAAGUUCCCCCUGCCGCCGACGAUCUGGGACGGGGAGCAGAAGACGCACUGCUUCAAGGAGCGCACGCGGAGCCUACUGCGCGAAUGGUACCUACAGGAUCCCUAUCCGAACCCCACCAAGAAGCGGGAGCUGGCCAAGGCCACCGGGCUGAAUCCCACGCAAGUGGGCAACUGGUUCAAGAACCGCCGCCAGCGGGAUCGGGCUGCUGCGGCCAAGAAUCGUAUCCAGCACAGCCAGAACUCGGGGAUGGGCUGCCGCAGCCGGCGGGCGGACGGAGGAGCCGCCUCGCCGACGCCCUCGGACAGCUCCGACUCGGACAUCUCGCUGGGCACCCACUCGCCGGUGCCCAGCAGCCUGCAGCUGCAGCACAGCCCGGGCAGCACCUCCAACGGGGCCAACGACCGCGAGGAGAGCCUCAGCGUGGACGACGACAAGCCACGGGAUCUGAGCGGAUCGCUGCCGCUGCCCCUCUCCCUGCCCCUGCCGCUGGCCUCGCCCACCCACACACCGCCCCAGCUGCCGGCGGGCUACGGGGGCGGGGCGGGCGGAGGCCACGGAGGACCGCUCACCGCUCCCGGCUGCCUGCCGCCCUUCAAACUGGACGCGGCCACCAGCUUGUUCAGCGCCGGCUGUUACCUGCAGAGCUUCAGCAACCUGAAGGAGAUGUCCCAGCAGUUCCCCAUCCAGCCGAUCGUCCUGCGCCCGCAUCCGCAGCUGCCGCAGCCACUGGCCUUGAACGGGGGCUCCGGCGGACCACCACUGCAUCAUCCGGCCUACGCGGCCGCCUACAGUGUGGAGUGUAUUCCGGGCCACGGGCCACCACAUCCGCCUCCAAAGCUAAGGAUCAACUCACCGGAGAAGCUCAACUCCACGGCGGUGGCGGCGGCAUCGGGCGGAGGAGGAGGAGGAGGGGGAGGAGGAGCAGGAGGCGGUGGAGGAGGUGGAAACCAUCACCAUGAGCCCACAACCACGGGCUACCAUCACAGUGGCCAGCUGCUGCUCCAUCGACCCUUCUCCACGUCGCCGGAACUCAAGCACAGUGCUCCCGAGAUCACAUGAUAUCAGCGGGUCUGAGGUGUCCAUCUAUAAGCCCACCCACCCGAUCCACACUCGUCCCCAUCCCCACCAGCCCCGAAGCACUAAGGCCCAGCUAUUCAGAUUGUUUCAAUUGUAUCUCUAAGUUAGCCCGUAGUUAAGCGCAUCCCAGCGGCGGAGUUCGAGCAAUAAUCGAUCCGGAACUGUUUCCUAUAUCAUGACCCAUAAUUACCUAUACCUAUACCUAUACCUAUACCGUUAUCCAGCAGCAGCAAAUCGCAAGCGUCGCACACUCACUCUUCAAAGAUAGCCAUUUAAGCCGGAUGGAAAAUGAUACACAGAUUUAGCGGUAAUUCAGCAGGCGGGAUCCCCCAAAUCUGAACUUGAAUUCGAAACGUUUUCAUUCUAAUUUUGUGUGUGUGUACGUAUUUGUAAAUAGAGUUUAAGUAUGCAAAUCAUAGAGCUUACGUAUACAUUUAGAUUGCAAUAAAAACCGAAUGAACAGUUAA